AACAGUGCCAGUUGUGGGAGAACCUCUUUGGAGAAGGAGGUUCUGCUCGCUAACUUCCAUUUCCAGUCUGCUCAACGCUCUGUCGGACACAACUGACGAAAAUGGAAAAGAUUGGUUUUCUGCUGGCAUUUCUGCUAGUUUUGGGAAAUGUUUCCUUUAUGCAUGCCUCUUUCUCCCUCAGCCUUAUCAAAGAUCUAGCAAGCAUUGUCAUGGACAAUUACUGCACACCAGAAAAGCUGGUUGGGAUGAAAGAAGCUAUUGAAACGUCUGGCAGCAACACAGAUGUCCUCAGCAUCCCAGACGGGGAUUCACUGGCCAGUGUUCUAAGCAAUGGUUUCCAGACCACACUCAACGAUCCACGCCUGAAGGUCUCCUUUGAGCCCAACUACGUUCCUGUGGCUCCCCCGCAGAUGCCUCCUCUGCCCCCUGAGCAGCUCAUUGCCGUCCUCCAGACCUCCAUCAAACUGGACAUCCUGGAAGGCAACAUUGGUUACAUGAGGAUUGAUAACAUCCUUGGAGAGGAGGUCGCUGAGAAGGUUGGCCCUUUGCUUUUAGAUGUAGUCUGGAAUAAAAUCUUGCCCACCUCAGCUCUGAUCUUUGACUUACGAUACACUGGCAGCGGGGACAUCACAGGCAUCCCCUACAUUGUGUCUUACUUCACUGAAGCUGAGCCACUGAUUCACAUUGACACUGUUUAUGACCGUCCCUCCAACACCACCACAAAGCUGUUUUCUAUGUCAACACUGCUGGGGCAGAGAUAUGGCACAACCAAGCCCCUAAUCAUCCUUACCAGCAAAAACACAAAGGGCGUUGCUGAAGAUGUUGCCUACUGCCUCCAGAACCUGAAGAGAGCCACCGUCGUGGGUGAGAAGACUGCUGGAGGCUCCGUUAAAAUUGAUAAACUAAAAGUUGGCGACACUGAUUUCUAUGUUACUGUGCCAACUGCAAAGUCCAUCAACCCCAUCACAGGCUCUACCUGGGAAAUCACAGGUAUGACCCCAGAUGUGGAAGUCAAUGCAGAGGAUGCCCUCGCCACCGGUAUCAAGAUCAUCAACCUCCGCGCCCAAGUUCCAGCCAUAAUUGAGGAAGCAGCAGCUCUGAUUGCAAACAACUACGCCUUCGAAAGUGUUGGGGUAGAUGUUGCGGAAAAGCUGAAAGAGCACCUGGGAAAUGGUGAGUUUGGCAUGGUUCUCUCCAAGACCGGUCUGGAGACAAAGCUGACAGCUGACCUAAAGGCUCUCUCUGGAGAUGCAAGCCUCAAAACCACCAGCAACACCCCAGCUCUACCACCUGUGGAUUAUAGUCCGGAGAUGUAUAUUGCACUGAUUAAAGUCUCCUUCCACACUGAUGUGCUUGAAAAUAACAUCGGAUACCUGCGCUUUGACAUGUUUGGAGACUUUGAAGAGGUCAAGCCCAUCGCCCAGGUCAUUGUUGAACACGUCUGGAACAAAGUUAUCAAUACAGAUGCUCUGAUCAUUGACCUUAGGAACAACCUUGGUGGCCCAACAACUGCCAUUGCAGGUUUCUGCUCCUAUUUCUUUGAUGCAGACAAGCAGAUUCUGCUGGACAAGCUAUAUGACAGACCAUCUGGUUCCACCAUAGAGCUCCUAACCCUUUCUGAGCUCACAGGCACAAGGUACGGAUCCAAGAAAAGUCUUGUCAUCCUGACCAGUGGAGCUACUUCAGGUGCUGCAGAAGAGUUUGUUUACAUCAUGAAAAAGCUAGGCCGUGCUAUGAUUAUUGGAGAGACCACUGCUGGGGGUUCCCACCCACCAAAGAUCUUCCCUGUCGGAGACAGCGGCAUCUUCCUCAGCAUUCCCACAGUCCACUCAGACACAACAGCUGGGCCAGCCUGGGAGGGAGCUGGCGUUGCACCUCACAUUCCCGUCCCUGCUGACGCUGCCCUUGACACGGCCAAGAGCAUCCUCAACAAGCACUUUGCCGGCCAGCAGUAAACCAUGUCCUGAACAAACCAGGAGAGACGCCUUUUUUACUUUUGCUUUGGCAGUCAGAAGGUCUCAUGAAUCUAAGCUUGUUUAAGAGGUGAACAAUGUAGGUCUGUACAAAACAUAAUCUGUUAUUAAUUCUCCCAAACCUGAGCCUUCUUAGUGUAAUUGUAAUGUAGAGCAAAGGUUCAGCAGUUAUUCUGACUCAUGAUGGUUAGGAACGUGUGGCUCUGAAAAGCCAAUGCAAGUCUUUUGUGAAGAGAGUAUGACCAUGUCUGUGUCAAACAUAAGCAAAGCAACUUAUGAAAAUACAUGAUACUCUAAAAAGUUUGCUUUUCCUUUGAUUUUGUGGAUAGUGUGAAUAUUUGAGAAGAAAUAAGUUUGUUAAUCUGGUAUCAUCACAUAAGAUGUUCUUUUUGUGGAUGGAAAGAGCUGUAUGCCCGUGACAUUAUGUGGACCUACUUGGGUUGUAUCAAUUCCAGUGGAGAGAAAUAAUAAAAAACAACUUCAGGACACA